GGGAGACCAGAUAUAGUGAAUGUAGGGUCCAGGGAGAGCGGAUAUAGUGAAUGCAGGGUCGGGGGAGACCAGAUAUAGUGAAAUGCAGGGUCCGGGGAGACCAGAUAUAGUGAAUGCAGGGUCCGCGGAGACCAGAUAUAGUGAAUGUAGGGUCCGGGGAGAGCAGAUAUAGUGAAUGCAGGGUCCGGGGAGAGCGGGAUAUAGUGAAUGCAGGGUCCGGGGAGACCGGAUAUAGUGAAUGCAGGUUCCGGGGAGACCGGAUAUAGUGAAUGCAGGGUCCGGGGAGACCGGAUAUAGUGAAUGCAGGGUCCGGGGAGACCGAUAUAGUGAAUGCAGGGUCUGGGGAGAACGGAUAUAUGGAAUGCAGGGUCUGGGGAGAGCGAUAUAGUGAAUGCAGGGUCCAGGAGAUCAGAUACAGUGAAUGCAGGGUCCGGGGAGAGACCAGAUAUAGUGAAUGCAGGUCCGGGGAGAUCAGAUACAGUGAAUGCAGGGUCCGGGGAGAGAGCGGAUAUAGUGAAUGCAGGGUCCGAGGAGAGCGGAUAUAGAGAAUGCAGGGUCCUGGAGAG